AGAGAGAAGGGGCCAAAGUAGGAUCAUCAUAACCGGCUGACUCAACGUAGUUUUCUUAGUCAGAGCGAAACCACUUUGCUGUCUUGUUUUAAGUCUGACAAGUGUCCACUUCAUCUGAACCAUGGGAAUGAAUGGUCAAGAUCUUAAGGUGUAACCUCGAGGCGUAGUGUGACUGCUUUAGGACCAUGGAGCCGGACGUGAUCCGCAUGUACUCCUCCUCCCCACCCCCAAUGGAGGACGGAGCUGAGGAAGAGGAUGACGAGUUUGGGGACUUUGGGGGCUUCUCUGGAGUUCCGACCAGCACCAGCUUCAAUGAGUUUGACACCCCAGCGUCCUUCAACCAGACCCCAGCCUUGGCUGCCACUUCACCACCUGGACUCCUCAACAAUGGAGGGGUGGUUGGGUUGUCAAACCUCAGUUCAGGUCCCGUGGGAAGGGGUCCCGUGGUCAAGCGCUCCAACUCCAAGUCAAAUGGUGUUGUGCCAGGAGGCUGCCAGUACGACAGUCCUUUGGAGAGAACUGUGAAUGUGGAGGAGUUAAAAAAGCUUGCUGACCACACUCGAGCCAAUAAUUAUUCUACCUCCCUGGACAUAUCUGGGAGGGGUCAGACUGACAACAUAGACAAGCCUGUCGACUGCAAUGGUGGGGUCCCGGAAGUUCUGACCAACGGUUUUGCGACUUUUGAAAUAGAGGGAAUCCCAUCUUUGCAGAAUUCGAUCUGCUCUAAAAAGAAAGGAACCACCACAGAGUGUGCAGACGACUGCCCUCCCAGCAGCCCCGAGGACGACUUUGCGGAUUUCUCUGCUUUUCCUAAUGCAGAUGUUGAAGGACACUCCAGCGAGGUGACAAACCGCACCAGCGAGAACUUGGACAAUCACAACCGGGAUGAACGGCUGGCAGAGGAACCCUGUCAGCAGCAGAAGCACUCUAAUGUAGAGCAGGGAAUCAGGUCAGGGGACGUCGUCAGGGACACUCCCAUUACAACUGGAUCCAACGACAUCGCUGGCUCUGAUUCUCUAUCGCAACUUGCUGAGGCUCGGGACACUGACGAAGGCUUGAGCAAUGGGGACGGGGGCUUUCAAAGAGACACUGCUAACUCUGAGCAAAGGAACGUAGAGCCGGACUUUGCACACAAGCACUCUGCUACUGAGGUGGUUGUUAGUGAGGAUUCUGCCCCAGAGUUGGUUUGUGGCGAGGAUUCUGCCUCCAAGGCACUUUAUGUUGACAAACCGGUUGCCCAGAACGGUGUGUAUUUGGAGCAGUCGGAAGAGGAGGCGGAAGAAGAGAAAGCAGGUGUCAGUGAAAACAGGGUUUUGCCCGAUACAGACGAUGAAGAUGGGAAUGGCGAGCAAGCAGACGAGAAGCCUGGGUCCGGAAACGAAACAGAAACGGAGACUGAAACGUCUUUCGGCCGACCGCUGUCCACGGAUGCCCUUGAGGAGUACGGCGACAUCAGCACGACGGGCUCUGUGCCCUCGCCGCUGCUCCAAGAGGAGACGGCCACACCUGCCGACCACAGCCAACUGCUGGAGGACGAUGACGGGGAAGACUUUGAUGACUUUGGAGACUUCGGGGACGUGGGCUCUUUUAGCGGACAGGGCUUUGCUGACUUUGACCAGCCAGAGUUGCAACGAGAGGAACAACCUGCACCUCUCACACAGGAACUAGUGGACGACGACAAAGACUUUGGUGAAUUUGACGCACCCAACAGCCACAUUGGUGGUGGGAAGGCAAUUGAGAAUGAAGAUGGGGGGAAGUUUGCGGAUUUUCCCGGCAGCAACAGUUUUGCUGACUUUAGCUCAGCUCCUGUUGGUGCGGACCCUGAUGCAGAUGCUGGUUGGAAUGCCUUUGAUGAGCCUGUACAGGGUCAAGGGGAGGGCAAUUCCUGGGCUGCGUUUGGAGAGGAGCCGACCGUCAAUGCUCCUUUGGAAACGGCUGAAGACGAGUGGCAGGAGAGUGAACCUGUAGCAGCCCGUCCAUCCAGCAGCCAUCAGAUCAGUAGAAGAGGCAGUCAGCCUGCGGCGCUGUGCAGUCGGCUGGAGAAGCUUUUUCUGGACAUUUUCCCCGACGCACCUGCUCUGCAGGUGAGGGUGGAGGUGGUCCCCCUCAAAACCCUGCUGGAGCCUCCUGUGAGGUUACAGCAGGAAGAGCAUGAAAUGAUGAGCGGUAUGCCAGACAAUGGGGCCGAGGGGGACGUGUUGUGGAGGCAACUGCUGGACAUCCACGAGGCGUUUGGCCUGCGGCACCAGUGGGGCGGCUCGCACAGCAACAAGACAUUACUCUGUUUCCUGGGCAUCGACAUUAGGAACAUUCUUUUCACAGGUCAGAAGAAGCAGCCAGUGAUAGUUCCCAUGUAUGCUGCCAGCCUGGGCAUGCUGGAACCCACCAAAGAGCCAGUAAAACCCAUAUCAGCGGCAGAGAUGAUCACGUCCAUAGCACAACAAGCACCUCCAGUGGCCCCAGCAGAGAUCAUAAGCACUAGUCCACCAGACACAGCCCAGGAAGUGCUCCCGCCCGUCCAGUUUGACUGGAGCAGCAGUGGCCUUACUAACCCCCUGGACGCGAGCGGAGGCUCGUCUCUGCUCAACCUCGAUUUCUUUGGGCCCGUGGAGGACUCUGGCCCUAGCAGCUCCACCUCCAUCCCAGGUGUGGACCCGGAGCUGUAUGAGCUAACCACCGCUAAACUGGACCCCAGUGGCUCUGGGACCCGUGUGGCUGAUGCCUUUGCCCGCCUUAUGUCUACUAUGGAGAAGACCAGCACCUCUACCAGAAAGCCCCGGAAAGAGGAGAACCUAAGUGAGGAGACGUUGAAGGUGAUUGCAGGGCUACCAGACCUGUCUUUCAUGCAGGCCAAGGUGCUGAUGUUCCCCACCACGCUGACGCCCUUGCGCUGCUCCUCUGACCCUGACCCCACACUCGACUGAUCCACCCCAACUCCAUCAAUGCCCUCCUCUUCUCCUCCUUAUCACCGUCUGUCAUUCUAUCACUAUAUCAUGAAGUUAUCCUUUUUGCUUCCAUGCCAUCAUCCCUUUUUGUCAUCUUCUCCCUUUUUAUUUGUUAUUUUCAGUUUUAAUCUUUUUAAUCAAGUGAAGCAUUUACCGAUUUGUCCUUGUGAAUGGAGAAUGUUUAGUCAGACCUGGACUAGGCUAAGCCUGUAAAGCGAAGCUUUGUCAAUAGCAGAGCAAGAGAACAUAUUAAAGCAGUUUAACUUCUAGAUCAAGGUCCUUGAAGAGAGGCCGCUUGUUUAUGAUAGGAGAAUCAAUGUGUACAUAAUCAGGGACGAAUUGUGUUGGUUUCCGAAGGUGGCUUUUUACGUUUCUCAUUGUGGCGGGCGUGUGUCAAUGUUUGUCUUUGUGAGGAAAUGAAACACUGGUUGAACCUCUUCAAAGCGAGGCUUGAAUAAAGUGAAGUGGGAUAUACACUGAGUGUAGAAACCAUUAGGAACACUUUCCUAAUAUUGAGUUGCACCUCCUUUUGCCCUCAGAACA